AUGUUUAACAGGCCUGCGCUGCCAGCCAGACAACCUGACUACAAUGUGUGGUCUUUCCCAACUGGCAGUCUGACCUGGACUCCAUACAUGAAUGGACCUAGCUACUUACCCGAACCAGCUCACUGGGCUCCUGUCACGCUGUUUGCUAUGCCAUGGCCCCAGAUAGUCGAUGAACGCCCGGUAAUUGUACCCGAGCUUGCUAUAAAUCCUUUCCAACCAGCCAUGCCUAUACUUCAGUGGGAUAUCCGCCAGAACCCAAUUACAGCCAGGCUGACAACAGGCGCACAUAUCUCCACGGAUCUGGCACAUGUCCUGAGCUCUCACAUCACAGAUAUUCCUGUUGGCAUCAUCGAAAUUGCCAUCCCAGCUUGUCCAAUGGCGUACAUGUGGGAUGCCAUCAGAGUGCAAAGGUCUAGCGCUAUCAAGGUCCAAGAUGUUCUCGAUGUCAUUUACGAAUGGCUGCAGAAACCUCUGACUCAAGCUGAGAUGGAACACAUCGAACAUGUGAACCCAAAUGGUGUCGAAGCAAUUUUGUGGGCUUUACACGAGAGAGCUUCUACGAGUCUGACGUUGCAGGGCUGGGAACAUCGACAAGGGCCGCGGCGUAUAGACUGUUUGGGAGAUAUUCGUAGAUGGAUGGGAUUAUGCUACUCUCCUACGGGGCAGGGCAUGCAGCUGGUUCUCAACCUUGAAACCGUUCACCGAUUAUGA